CAGGUGGGCGUGGUUUUAAGUACUGCUACGACACAAUACUCAUACAUAUUCAUUCAUGCUCCGCCCAGUGAAACCGAGAAUUUCCGAGACCCCAGAACUGAGCGCACCAGUGCAGAUUGAGAUCCUGAUUCGUGUGUAAAAUGAAGGCAGAAGGCAUCGCGGGCAUCGAGCAGUUCGCCAGCCCGGGCAAGGGCAGAGGUCUGCGGGUGAGCAGAGCAUAUGGAGUCGGUGAAUUACUGUUCUCGUGUCCCGCAUAUUCAUACGUGCUGUCUGUGGGAGAGAGAGGACUCAUCUGUGAACAGUGCUUUACGAGGGAAAAGGGUCUUGCCAAGUGUGGAAAGUGCAAAAAAGCAUUCUACUGCAAUGCGAACUGUCAGAAAAAGAACUGGCCCAUGCACAAGCUGGAGUGUCAGGCCAUGUGUGCAUUCGGAGAGAACUGGCGCCCCUCAGAGACAGUGCGACUGGUGGCCAGAAUCAUCGCCAGGCUGAAAGCCCAGAAAGAAAGAAGCCAGUCGGAGAUUCUGCUGCUACUGGGGGACAUGGAAGCCCACCUGGAGGAUAUGGAUAAUGAGAAAAGAGAGAUGACUGAAGCACAUAUAGCCGGUCUCCAUCAGUUCUACUCCAAACACCUGGACUUCCCUGACCAUCAGGCCCUGCUCACGCUAUUCUCACAGGUUCACUGUAACGGCUUCACUGUGGAGGAUGAGGAACUCUCAAACUUGGGUUUAGCCAUUUUUCCAGACAUUGCCCUCUUGAACCACAGUUGCUCUCCCAAUGUCAUAGUCACAUACAGAGGCAUCAACGCUGAAGUACGGGCCGUGCAGGACAUCAGUCCAGGGCAGGAGAUUUACACCAGCUACAUAGACCUGCUCUACCCUACAGCGGACCGAUUGGAGAGACUCAGAGACAUGUACUACUUCAGCUGUGACUGUAAAGAGUGCACCACCAAAUCUAUGGAUGUGGUGAAGAUGAGUGUGCGUAAGCGGAGUGAUGAAAUCGGUGAAAAGGAGAUCAAGGAUAUGGUGCGUUACGCUCGCAACUCCAUGGAGAACUUCCGCAGGGCCAAACAAGACAACAGUCCCGCUGAGCUGCUGGAGAUGUGUGAGCUUAGCAUUGACAAGAUGAGCACUGUGUUUGAUGACUCCAACGUCUACAUCCUUCAUAUGAUGUACCAGGCCAUGGGCAUCUGCCUCUUCACAGAGAAUUAUGAAGGAGCGGUGCGCUAUGGGGAAAAAGUCAUCAAGCCAUUCACUGUCCUCUACCCUGCAUACUCCAUGAAUAUUGCAUCUAUGUAUCUGAAGUUGGGCAGACUCUACAUUGCUCUGGACAGAAAGUUGGCUGGCAUCGGUGCCUUUCAGAAGGCGUUGACCAUCAUGGAGGUUGUUCAUGGAAAGGACCACACAUAUGUAACGGAGCUCAAACAGGAGAUGAGAGAUUUCUGAACAAGACUCAAUAGGGUAUAUGCACAGUGACGUUUAAUUAAUGACGCUUUCACAUUUAAGGUCUGGUGUCUUUAAAAACCAAUGAUUGAUAUAUACGAUAUAAUGUUUCUGUCAAGACCAGACAAGAAGCACUGCAUUAAAAUCUAUUGUUCUGAACUGUGUCUUUAAAAUAUGGCAAAGUUUGUAAAAUAUAUGUUUAGGGGGUUUUCACCUUUAUUAUAUAGGAAAGUAGAGAUGAGACAGAGCAGAGAGAGGGCGGAAGGAUCAGCAAAGGACCUAGAGCCAGGAAUUGAACUUGGGUCGCCGUGAGCACCUGAGUACUAUAUGUCGGCACACUUUACCACAAAGCUAUUGGCGCUGACCAAAUGUUUCUUUUUACUCCAGUAUUUCUAAUUAACCUGCUUCAAUUUAAAUGAACAUCUAAAUGAAUGCUUAAGUCUAUUCAAAUGUCAAUAUUUUAAUUCAUUUACAUUAUCAGUGCUGUAAAAGAAACCAUGUGAAGUUAAAAAUAGUCACAUUAACCGUUCACCAGAGGUUUAGCAGUAGCUGAAAAACACUUGCCGUGCAUAUAUCCCACUGUCAGAAAGAAGUGCAAAUAAUGGAAAUGAAGUUAGUAACUCAUAAUGUAAUUGGCAACUAUGCAGCUCGGCAUCUAGUACAGCAAUCGCAGAAGAACAAAGCAGCGAUACUGUCGUCACAGAACUGGGUCAAGUCAAUUCACUUCAAGCAAAAUGGAGGACUCUGCUUGAUCAUGUGAUCUAAAUGACCAUGUGACUGCUCAUAUUAAGAUGGCUCGCGUUUCACAUUACAUUAGGUGCAUCCUAAAUCGCACGCUUAUGCACUACUCUACGCCAUUUUGUAGUAUAAAUAGUGUAAGUAGAGCAUUCACACUGAAAACUCUAAGAAUAACAGGUGCACUAUAAAUACCAGCAUGAUGCACUCAUUCAAGCGGUAAACAGAAGCGUGUAAUGAUGGACAUUUCACACACACUCAACGGCUGCUGCUUUGCUCACAUAGCAGAAGGGGCGGAGCUAUCGAACCCUCAUGUCACUUAUGGGUCAAAAAUGACCCGGGUAAAAAACCCUAAACCCUGUGUUUUUAUCUUAGAAUUUGGUGACUUAUCCUAAAAUGACCCCAACGUUAGAUCCGUACAGCGUAAAAGGCACAAAGUCUGUCUGCGCCAGUGGUGUAGUGGUUAGUGCAUCGACACAUGCACUCCGGCGCUCAUGGUGAUCCAAGUACAAUUCCCACCUCGCGGUCCUAUGCCGAUCCGUCCCCUCUCUCUGCUUUCCUGUCAAUACUUUAUACUGUCCUGUCCAUUAAAGGUGAUAACCCCAAAAUAAAUGAACAAAUCAAUGGGAAAGUGCCUCUUACAAGAUUGUGAGGGAGCACAAAUACUUCUUUCAAGUGAAGGAAUUAAGCCAUUUCUUUGUUUUAUUAUAUAUUUUUAGGGGUUUUUCACCUUUAAUUUGGAUAGGAAAGUGAAGAUUACAGACAGGAAACUAUUGGGAGCAUAGAGAGGGGAAGGGUCGGCAAAGGACCUCGAGCCAGGAAUUGAACUCGGGUCGCCGUGAGCAUCAUGGUGCUAUAUGUGGGUGCACUUAACCUCAAGGCUAUUUGCGCCAACCCAUUUCUUUGUUAACCAAGUUGUAGGUACUAACCGGCCACUUUAUUAGGUACACCUGUCCAACUGCUUAUUAAUGCAAAUUUCUAAUCAGCCAAUCACGUGGCAGCAACUCAAAUAAGCACUCGUUACAACCGAGGUCUGCAGAAGAGCAUCUCUGAACACACAACACGUCCAAACCUUGAGGCGGAUGGGCUACAACAGCAGAAGACCACACCGGGUGCCGCUCCUGUGAUUAGUCUUGAUUUCUGCUGACACAUUCGGAUGCUCGGCUCACAAUUUGGCCUCAACAACAUGAAAGCAUGGAUCCAUCCUGCCUUGUAUCAGUGGUUCAGGCUGCUGGUGGUGGUGUAAUGGUGUGGGGGAGAUUUUCUUGGCACACUUUGUGUCCAUUAGUACCAAUUGAGCAUGGUGUCAACGCCACAGCCUACCUGAGUCUUGUUGCUGACCAUGUCCUUAAUCCAAGGAUUAAAGCAGUUCAGAAGCCAGAAGGGGGUCCAACCUGGUACUAGUAAGGUGUACCUUGAGUGUAGUUUUAAUUUCUCAUAGCUCUGUUAGUGACUAUUAUAGGCUGUCAUGUUAAUUCUGACCUUUAGGGAUUUUAAGAUCAUCUUUCUACAUUAUUGUCAAGUAUCAUUAUCCUCAAACUCAAAAUAGCCCAUGUAAGUGCACUUCAGACAAUAUAUCUAAACACACACACACAUACGUACACAGCGAGAAGUUUAAGCACACACAACACAUCCAGAGCAGUGAGCACACACUCGGAGCAGUGGUCAUCCAUUAUGGAUGUGUUUCUGUUUGCUUUGACAGCUCUGCUCUCCUCUCUCCGGCUUUUUAGCAGUAUGAACUGAGCAGGAGUGCUGCUGUUCCAAACAUCACAAAGCUGUGAUUUGACUAGUGACUGCACAAAAUUGCAGCUGGAAUGAGAGUAGGAGUAUUACGUAGAUUAUAUACCCUAAUUAGGUUGUCAAGUCAAAACGGGGUGAAUAUUUAGCAUUUUAGCAUUCAACGCAACUGUACUGUGUUGAAAUCAGUGUAGAUUACUCAAGUGUGUUUGAAAGAUCGACGUUAUUUAUAAUGCUGUGGGAUUCUUAAUAAUGAUCUUGCCACUGUUUGAAGAAAAAGUAUGUAAUAAUACGGGGUUGAGGAAAAAGUCAGGGUUGGUGACUCAGGGAAGAAACAAAGGUUUUCCUUUUAUUAAAGUGUGUCUUGUUCAUCAAAAAUAGUGCUGGCUUAAACACUGGCUCUCAGGUUCAGCUCUCAGUUCCAGUGUCUUCUAGCUGAUUUAUUUUCUCUUUGCUAUGAUGACAGCACAUAAUAUUAGACUAGAUAUUCUUCAAGACACUAGUAUUCAGCUUAAAGUGACAUUUAAAGGCCUAAUUAGGUUAACUAGGCAGGUUAGGGUAAUUAGGCAAGGUAUUAUAUAAUGAUGGUUUGUUCUGUAGACUAUCAGAAAACAAAUGAGCUUAAAGGAGCUAAUAAUAAUAAUAAUAAAAACUGCUUUUAUUCUAGCUGAAAUAAAACAAAUAAGACUUUCUGCAGAAGAAAAAAUAUUAUCAGACAUACUGUGAACAUUUCCUUCCUCUGUUAAACAUCAUUUGGGAAAUAUUUAACAAAGAAGAAAAAUUCAAAGGGGGGGGCUAAUAAUUCUGACUUCAACCGUAUAUACAAUGUUCUAUGUGUAGUGAUAGUACUGAUGAUGCUGCUGCUGACGUUCAAAUUACGCAAAACCUGGUCUAAAAAUGGACUUGAUUAUUCAUAUGACUGUAUUGGGCAAGACAAAUGAGAGUUUUCUGGGAGAAACGAUUGGUGUGAAAAUUGUAUGACUCUAUGGGAGUGUUGACAGGUAUAGCCGAAACACCCACACACUCUCCCAUUCACACACAUGGUGUGUUCCAAACGAUACAUUACUCUCCGAGGGCACUUGAGAGUGAAAACAGACAUGGCCGACAUAUUUAAGUGUCAUUCCAGACCAAGUCCACUUCAGAAUGAAAGUUUCAUAGGACACAACUGACACUUUAGGUACCCAUGAUUCCUUGUACAGUGAAGUUGUUUGGUGUCACACACUGUCUUCCCUUCAAAAGGAUUAGGGCAUAGGGAUGAGCCCUUCUAAACUGAACACAGAGACACACUACAGCCAAUAGACCUUCUGUGACUGUGACUGAACCAAGCUGAGCCACCAUGCUGCCCAAUUUGCUUGAUUAAGUAAUGUAAACAACAUUGUUGAGUAAUUUUCUUGAAUUUUACUUUACAGUAAUUUAAAGUGUUUUACUCUGUCUUUGUUUGCAAAUUUUACUCCAUUUCCACAAGCUUGAAUUGAGCACUAAAUGAAGUUUAUUUAUAAACUAAUUUGGAGAGGAUCACAUGCUUAUGAUCGCUUGCAGCCGGUCCCGCAUUAUCCAACUUAUGAUUCACCAAUCAGACGAUUCCUGAGCCACUAUAAAUACCCUCAGUUCCACAUCACAGCCAUCUUCAUCUUCAAGAAUCCCCCCUUCCACCCCUACUCCUCCUCCUUUCCUAGAUGGGUGGCACAGUGGCCCAGUGGUUAGCACUGUUGCCUCACAGCAAGAACGUCACUGGUUCUAGUCCUUACCAAGCCAGCUGACGUUUCUGUCUGGAGUUUACACGUUCUCACUGUACUCAUGUGGGUUUCCCCCGGGUUCCUCGGUUUCCUCCCACCAUCCAAAAACAUGCAACUGAAGUUAAUUGACUAAUCCAAAUCAGCACCAAAGACAUGCUCCUAGUAAAUAAGAGUUGUGGGUGAGACAAAAUCUGCAUCUGAAUAUGUUUGUUAAAGAGCAAGUGUAGUGCAUUGUUGUAUGGUUAUCUAUGUUAAAUAUUUGAAUAAAACUCUAAACUCUAAAACA